AUGGCGUCCCCCAAGGUUGACUAUUUAUACAAAAGCCUGUCUCUCAAUGAGAACACCACCAAGCUCAAGAGAUCUCGUGAAAUCGACCAAGAGCUGGCCAAUUUGACUGAGUCGUUGUGGUUCCAUUCCAUCUGCAGCUCUGCUUAUCCGAUGCGUGAAUGCAUGAUGCCAGACCGCGGACCACAGAAAGUAGGUAGUUGGUUCGAAGCUCUGGAGCUUGACGGAAAAGCAGAGCUCUCUAAUAUUGCGGGGCCAAGGGGUACCUGCUCAAUUCACCUUGAAGUUUGCGGGGAGGGUCGGGAGGAGAGACCGGCCGGAGCGGGGAAGCCCAGUAAUCGAGACCAAGAUGCUUACUCUCUAAGUAAUCCCCGAUCUGUACCUAUCUACAAGCUCUCGUACAUUCGUGCCUUAGUAAAGCUUCCUCACAACGCUCCGUGUGCCGGAGCGGUAGUAGUCAUCCGGGAAUAUGUCGAAUAUUUCCUAUCGGCUCCUUCCCAGUUGUCCAGGCUGCAUGCAGGAUGUCGUCGUUUCUUUGGAAACUCGGCACUCCUGCCCUGGCAUAUUUGGAAUGAGAAUCAGAAGAACUCGAUUCCUUCGGCGGUCGUUAAACCGGCUGACCUGCUUCGAUGCUUGGCGUUUGCUCCAUUGUCAGAAGGCGGUGACGCCUGCUCAUGUUGCAGUAUCAGCAUCGCCAUUUUGCCAAGCCCUAUCACGCCACAGCUGCGAAGCCGCCAUUUUGGCAUAAUUUUUACCUGGCUUGAUACCUCAUGCUCACUAUUACCCGAAAACUAUCUCCAGUAUUUCAUCGUCACUUUCCGGGAGUCUGGUUUGGCGCAGUUCUCAUCAAGCCUGCCGAGCCCUGACCCGUCAUCUCUCUCGAAUAUUAUGGAGUGCGAUGAUAAGCAAAUAUCGACGGCCUUUCGCGUGAAUUGCUACCAACAGUUGACGGCGUCGUUUCUGCUAGACGAGCAUAGCCGCGAGAGAACACUGUAUUGUUCCGGUAUCCACCUAGAUAGAUGGGGUGAAGAAAGAUUAGUGACGAGGAUCAUUGAUCUUGGAAAACAAAUAGCUCACCAUCCAUCUUUGUUUAUUUACCCAUAUGCCUCUCACCUCAUCAUCGUGACCGCGGAAGUUGGCGUGUUUCGAUGCCCGGGCGUUGACUCAAAGCCGCUAAACCUUGACUCAAUCGUGGAUCAGCGGGUCCAUCUACCCGUCCGAUCCAGCGCCGGUGCGAGCGGGACGCCCCAUACGAAUUUCAACGAAGAUUACCGAGAACUACGGCAGACUGCAAGAGGCACUCCGCCAAAACCGUUCUUUCCAAUAGACCUACGGCCACCCCUUUUACCGUCGCCCUGA